AUGACAACUUGGAAAACUCUCUCAACUGUCACUGAGGACAAGACCGUAGUCGGCUCCAGGGCGUCGAUGCGUGUUACGUGGGGCUCUCGAUCUGAGGCAACUGAGACGCACGUCCAAGGCAACCUUUCCUUCCUCGUGCGAGAUGACGGAAUCAACAAGGAACAAGGCGCUUUGGUCUACAUGCUCCGAAUGGAAAAUUCAAAGAUUGACGGGCAAGCCUUCACGGAUCCAAACAAGAAGUACUCUGAGCUAGUGUUGCCGACCACCGAUUGGGAGAUGAGCAAGCCAAUUGUUAACUCCAGCAGACAUGGAACCCACAAAGCUCUUUCUGUGAAUAUGACAUUCGCUGAGGGCGACGUUCAUAGCGUCAAGAUGUUGCUUCCAAUUGUCAAUGGUGAUGAAGAGCCAUCCCGUCUUUUAGCUGCGGCAAUCUUCUAUGCAAAACAGUGGCAUUGA